AUGGUCGAGAUCUCCAUCCCCGGUAACUACGGAUACGCCAUCGCCGUGUCACUCGGCGUGAUCCCUGUCCUCGGCUUCAUCCACGGCGUCCUCGUCGGUUCGUGCCGGAAGGCUGCUGGGGUGCCAUACCCCCACGCCUACGCCAGCAUUGAGCAAUGCAAAGCCAACCCCAAAGCCCACCAAUUCAAUUGCGCCCAGCGCGCUCACGGCAACUUCCUCGAGAAUGCGCCUCAGACGAUGCUGUCGAUCCUGGUCGCCGGCGUCAAGUAUCCUCAGGCUGCGGCGGGCCUAGGCGCGGCCUGGGUUGUUUUUCGUACCCUCUACAUGCUGGGCUAUAUCUACAGCGAUAAGCCGAACGGAAAUGGACGGUACAACGGUAUGUUGUGCUGGUUCGCCCAAGCGGGCCUUUGGGGUCUGAGUGCCUUUGGCGUUGCCGGCGAUUUGAUGUAA